CGUGUGUGACCGGGGUUUGCCUGUGAAUUUCAGGUGUAUGACGGUGUUGCUGUGGCAUGGAGUUUGUGACUGCGUGUUUCCGUGGACUGGUACUUGGUUGUUUAAUUGUGUGUGUCCCAUGUGUGUGACUGUGGGAUUGUGUGUGCCGUUUUCAUGACUGUGAAAAGAGCGAAAGUGCCGCUGUGAAUCACAGGGUGUUUUCGGCUGUAUGUGUCCCUGGCCAGGUGUUUGGUUGUGGUUGUGUGUAUGCCUGUGUAUGAGUGGAUUUUGUUUAAGACUAGGUGGUCUAACAGUGUAGCAUAACUUGGUGAUUGUGCCUCUGGCUGUGUGAUUGUGAAAUGUGAUUGUGUGUCACUUCGUAAAAUCAUUUUUUAUUUUAUUCUGUGUGAUCUUAUGGGAGUUUAGUGGGGUAUGGAGUUAAAAAUUAAUUUUGGUAUUUCUGGGGUUCAUUCUUGGGCGGAGUCUUUGGAUCAUGAAUCCCUUGUGGCUUUGUGCUCCUCUGAGAAUUUAAGGACUUGACUUCUUUCUGUUUUGACCACAGUGGCUACCCGUCCCACUUGGCCGGUGUUGCUUCAUUUCUGUUCAUCCUCAGUUCACCUUGGAAUUGUAGGUUUGCUGUGGCUUUCUAGUGCCCUGUUACCUAUGGCCUUCAGGUGACUGGAUGCAAAGAAGGGGCAAGAAAGAAGUCAGACAUUUGAGCCCCUGGUUGAAGUUAAGGUUUUAGUUCCAAGCCAUAAACCUGGUCUUGAGAUGAGAAUUUUAGGACUUACAGCAGAUACAACACAGGCCACUUGAAAUAUACUGGGGCUCCUGGAGUGGGAAUAAUUCCAGAAGGAGUAGUAUUGGAGCCCCCCACACACUUCAGAACCUGUAGCACGCUACUGUAGGGCUCAGUGUCCAGCAGACAGUUUUGAAUCUAGAAAUAAAUUCUAGUCCAAGAUAGCAGUGACCUUCGCUCUUCCUUCUGAUACAGAAGGUAUAGGACUGUUCUAGUCUCCUUCUGACUUUCCUUUAUUUAAAUGAGGACUAGAUUAUGAGGGUAGAGGAACGGUAUGUUCUAAUUUAGAAUAUACUCCAAGAAAGGCCCAGCGUCUCAUUCAAUUUUUUUUUCUGAGAGUGGAGACCCAAGGAGGGAAGAAUGGCUGUUGCACAUUCAAAAGCAAAGUCCAAGAGAUCAGUGAUGUUCAGGGAUGUGGCCAUUGACUUCUCUUGGGAAAAGUGGGAAUGCCUGGAUCAAAGGGAUUUGUAUAGAGAUGUGAUAUUGGAGAACUAUAGCAACUUGGUGUCAUUAGGUGUGCAAUUGGAGAAGCAACAAGGUAAUCAAAAGGAAUAUUUUCGACAAGGGAUGAUCACAUACGAAAAAAUGUCUGUUUUCAACCAGCAUGCUUACUUGUCCCAACAUCCAAGAUGUCAGUCUACUGAGAAACCCUAUAAAUGUAGGGAAUGUGGGAAAGCCUUUAGACGAGCCUCACAUCUAACUCAGCAUCAGAGUAUUCAUACUGGUGAAAAACCCUAUGAAUGUAAGCAGUGUGGGAAGGCAUUUAGUCGUGAUUCACAACUCAGUCUUCAUCAGAGACUUCAUACUGGCGAGAAACCCUAUGCAUGCAAAGAAUGUGGGAAGGCCUUUACUCAGAGCUCACAACUUAUUUUACAUCAUAGGAUUCAUACUGGUGAAAAACCAUAUAAAUGUGAAGAAUGUGGGAAAGCCUUUAUUCGUAGCUCACAACUCACCCGACAUCAAAAAGUUCAUACUGGUGAGAAACCAUAUGAAUGUAAAGAAUGUGGGAAAGCCUUUACUCAAAACUCACAACUUACUCUGCACCAGAGACUUCAUACUGGUGAGAAGCUCUAUGAAUGUAAAGAAUGUAGAAAGGUCUUUACUCAGCUCUCACAACUUAUUCUGCAUAAGAGAAUUCAUACUGGUGAGAAACCCUAUGAAUGUAAGGAAUGUGGGAAAGCUUUUAUAUGUGGCUCACAGCUUUCUCAACAUCAGAAAAUUCAUAAUGGGGAAAAACCAUAUGAGUGUAAGGAAUGUGGGAAGGCCUUUAUUCGGGGCUCACUACUUAUGCAACAUCAGAGGAUUCAUACUGGUGAAAAGCCCUAUAAAUGUGAAGAAUGUGGGAAGGCCUUUAUCCGUGGUUCACAACUUACUCAACACCAGCGAAUUCAUACCAAUGAAAAGCCCUAUGAAUGUAAGGAAUGUGGAAAGAACUUUAGCCAUGGCUCACAACUUACUCAGCAUCAGAGAAUUCAUACUGGUGAGAAACCCUACCAAUGCAAGGAAUGUGGAAAGGCCUUUAAUCGUGGCUCACUCCUUACUCGACAUCAGAGGAUUCACACUGGUGAAAAACCCUAUGAAUGUAAAGAAUGUGGAAAAACCUUUAGUCGUGGUUCGGAACUUACUCAACAUGAGAGAAUUCACACUGGUGAGAAACCAUAUGAAUGUAAAGAAUGUGGGAAGUCUUUUAUUCGUGGCUCACAGCUUACUCAACAUCAGAGAAUUCAUACUGGUGAGAAACCUUAUGAAUGUAAAGAAUGUAGAAUGGCCUUUACUCAGAGUUCACAUCUUUCUCAACAUCAGAGACUUCAUACUGGUGAGAAGCCCUAUGUAUGUAAUGAAUGUGGAAAGGCCUUUGCUCGUGGCUUACUACUGAUACAACAUCAGAGAAUUCAUACUGGUGAGAAACCAUAUCAGUGUAAGGAAUGUGGGAAGGCAUUCAUUCGUGGUUCACAACUUACUCAACAUCAGCGAAUUCACACUGGAGAAAAGCCCUAUGAAUGCAGGGAAUGUGGAAAGGCCUUUAGUCAUGGCUCUCAACUUACUCUCCAUCAGAGAAUCCAUACUGGUGAAAAGCCCUAUGAAUGCAAGGAAUGUAGAAAGGCCUUCACUCAGAGCUCACAUCUUUCUCGACAUCAGAGAGUUCAUACUGGUGAGAAACCAUAUCAAUGUAAGGAAUGUGGGAAGACCUUUACUCGUGGUUCGCAACUAACUCAACAUCAGAGAAUUCAUGUCAGUGAGGAAUCUUUUGAGUAUAAGGAAUGUGGGAUAGAAUUUAGUCAUGACUCACAAGUUUAUAUGUGAAUUAUCUGGUUCUUUAUGAUUAAUAUAGAGAGCUUUUUCUGGUCAUUCAUUAUCAGCAAAGAAUUACAAAUGUGAAUGUGGGAGCACAUUUACCAUGUAAAGCUCAGCAUCAGAGAAUCUAUAUUGGUGAAAUAAAGUGUUCAUGUAAUCUAUGUAGAAAAAACUUUCAUUAUUGAAAACCUAUUAAACUGUAGCAAAUUAAAA